UGCCGAUUGGUUAAGCCGGAGAGGGACGUAGCUUAUUGGAGGGGCGGCGUCAGGGCUGGGGAUUAUUGGCUGCCUUGUUAAGGGGGGAGUGUAGCUGGGGUGGUAGAGAAGAGAAGACCGAGAACAGAGCUGAUGGGAGGGGCCGGCGAAAGGCCAGAGUUGAUUGGAGAAACGGGAAAACAGUCAUUGGAAAGACCAGAGGAGGGGCGGGGCAAAUCAUAAAGGAAUCUGAGGUGCGGCGUGGACAGGGCGGAGCUUAUAGGAGGAGGCGGGACUUACUCAGGAACAAUUCUGGUUGGACCUCAAAGAAGGAGGAUCUGAUUUUCGCAGGGUGUGUGUGUAAAGAAGUGGGAGGGGCCAAACCUUUAUUUGGGGGUCCGUCAUAGCAACAGCGAACCCUCUUCUCUGGGUCAGAAGAUUUCUGUCCUUGUACAAAUGGGAAGACUGAGACUCCAGAGAGCGUGGGUCUGCAGAAGACUGGUGCGGACGUGUGUCCUUCCCCUCAACAUCUGGUGGAUCUUCACGCCCCUCUUAGGAGGGGGGAGUAUCCGCAAUGCCCCCCGGGAAUUGAAGGUUUCUGGGUUGCUAUGGCGCCAGGGGCGGGGCGGGCGCUUGGGUCCACUCGGCGGUUUGGUCGGGGGGAGGGGCUCUUGGAGGCCCCGCCCCGCCCCCGCCCCCGCCGGCAUGCGGCCCGCCCCGACUGAGCUCUGGCUGCGCCUGGCCCUGGCCCUGUGCCUGGCCCUUGUGGGCCCCCUGGCUGCGCGGGCGGCCUCGGCCCGGGCCCCUAUCUAUGUCAGCAGCUGGGCCGUGCGGGUGUCCCAGGGUUCCCAGGAUGCGGAGCGCCUGGCACGCAAAUUCGGCUUCGUCAACCUAGGGCAGAUCUUCCCUGACGGACAGUACUACCACCUGCGGCACCGGGGUGUGGUCCAACAGUCCCUGACCCCACAUUGGGGCCACCGACUGCGCCUGAGGAAAGAUCCCAAGGUGCAGUGGUUCGAGCAGCAGACACUGCAGCGGCGGGUAAAGCGUUCCUUGGUGGUGCCCACAGACCCCUGGUUCUCCAAGCAGUGGUACAUGAACAACAGGGUGCAGCCGGACCUGAACAUCCUGCAGGUCUGGAACCAGGGGCUGUCCGGCCAGGGCAUCGUGGUCUCCGUGCUGGAUGAUGGCAUCGAGAAGGACCACCCAGACCUCUGGGCCAAUUAUGAUCCCCUGGCCAGCUAUGACUUUAAUGACUACGACCCGGAUCCCCAGCCCCGCUACACGCCCAGUGAUGAGAAUCGGCAUGGGACCCGCUGUGCUGGGGAGGUGGCAGCUAUUGCAAACAAUGGCUUCUGCGGUGCAGGUGUUGCCUUCAACGCGCGAAUCGGAGGUGUGCGCAUGCUGGAUGGCACCAUCACUGACAUCAUUGAGGCACAGUCACUAAGUCUGCAGCCCCAGCACAUCCACAUCUAUAGUGCCAGUUGGGGCCCUGAGGAUGAUGGCCGCACAGUGGAUGGCCCUGGCAUCCUUACCCGUGAGGCCUUCCGGCAUGGUGUGACCAAGGGUCGUGGCGGACUGGGCACACUCUUCGUCUGGGCAUCAGGCAAUGGUGGCCUCUACUAUGACAACUGCAACUGUGAUGGCUACACCAACAGCAUCCAUACGCUGUCUGUGGGCAGCACCACCCAGCAGGGCCGUGUGCCCUGGUACAGUGAGGCCUGUGCCUCCACUCUCACCACCACCUAUAGCAGUGGUAUCGUGACCGACCCCCAGAUUGUCACCACGGACCUGCAUCACCAGUGCACAGACAAGCACACGGGCACCUCAGCUUCAGCCCCGCUGGCCGCAGGCAUGAUUGCCCUGGCUCUGGAGGCCAACCCGUUCCUGACAUGGAGGGACAUGCAGCACCUCGUGGUCCGUGCAUCCAGACCAGCACAGCUCCAGGCUGAGGACUGGAGGGCCAAUGGCGUGGGGCGCCAAGUGAGCCACCACUAUGGCUAUGGGCUGCUGGACGCUGGGCUACUGGUGGACAUGGCCCGCACCUGGCUGCCCACGCAGCCCCAGAAGAAGUGUGCCAUCCAGAUCCUGCACAACCCCACCCCCAUCCUGCCACUCAUGCAUGUGGGGAACAACGUGUCCGCCUGUGCUGGCAGCCGCAACUACAUCCGCUCACUGGAGCAUGUGCAGGUGCAGCUGUCACUGUCCUACAGCCGCCGCGGGGACCUGGAGAUCUCCCUCACCAGCCCCAUGGGUACCCACUCCACCCUUGUGGCCAUCAGACCUCUGGAUGUUAGUGGUCAAGGCUACAACAACUGGAUCUUCAUGUCCACCCAUUUCUGGGAUGAGAACCCACAGGGCUUGUGGACCCUGGGCUUGGAGAACAAGGGCUACUAUUUCAACACAGGGAUGCUGUACCACUACACGCUGCUGCUCUACGGGACAGCUGAAGACAUGACAGCUCGGCCCCCAGGCCCCCAGGUGACCAGCAGCCCGUGUGUGCAGCGGGACACAGAGGGGCUGUGCCAGGAAUGCCACAGCCCCGCCUAACUCCUGGGCUGGCGCUGCCUUGCCUACUGCCCCCCGAGAUACUUCAACCACACGCAGCGCACAGUGACCUCAGGCCCUGGCGCCCAGUUGGGCCGGCACUGAGGGUGUGCGCCAGCUGCCACGCCUCCUGCUACACGUGCCAAAAGCGGCUCCCUAAGCGACUGCACCACCUGUCCACCGUCCUCCAUGCUUGAUGAGCAGCGGGGCUCCUGCUCUGGGCCCACCGUCUCCCGCAGCCACCCUUAGCCCACCACCUCCAUCUGCUCCAGCUGCUCUGCCUCAGCUGUGGUGCCGAUCCUGCUGGUUGUGGCCAUUGGAGGUCCCCUCCUUUUUGGCACGUCAGUGCGAAGUCAGCAGACUGCCAUAGGCCUGAUGUUGGGGGAGCAAGCCCUGUUACCCCCUAGAGCCAGUUGCCUGCUGGAACCAUGAUUCUUCAGACUUGGAGCUUGGACCUGCCCUUGCCUGGGCCCCAGCAGUCACUGUGUCCCACCCCUGCUAGACUGGCCCAGAGGGCCAAGAACCUGCCCCAGAGGGUCUGGCUGACCGGGUGGAACCUGGAAGCUGGGCCUGGCAGCUCCAGGUAGAGAAGAGAGGAGUUUCCUAUGCAUUUUGGGUUUGGAGUAUCGGAAGGGAUGGGGCAGAGGCCAGACCACGACCACCAUCCCUCUCCUGCCCCAGAAUCUCAGGGAAGGUGGAGGGAGAAAAACACGGUGCUAUCCAGUCUCCAGCACCGUGUCUGACCUCAGAGUUUGCAAAUAAAGGUUGAAUAC